AAAAAGUAGCAAAACAAAAUUAAUAAAAAAGGCAAAAGAAUAGUUCGAUUUGCGCUGGCUGUUCUGUAAAAACAAAAUAAAAUUUUUUUAAAAAAAAGAAGGUAAUAAAAAAAUGUGAGGAAUUGUACCUGCCAAGUACUCCGACCUGUACCCUUGCCUCGCUGCUAUCAUCACCUUGCUUUGUAAUUUCCUCUUUCCUCUCUUUAUAUAAAUAUAUGUACACAUUCCCCUCAUUUUCCCAACCUUCCUAAUCCCAGCUAUCUUCCCCCUUUUCCCCUCCUUUUACUUCUCUUCAACGAACAAAUCAAAUAAAAAACAAGACAUUCCAAGAUUUCUUUUCUUUUCGUAAAGCACCAAAUGAAGCAACUCAUCCGCCGUUUCUCCCGUGUCGCCGACACCUCCUCCCAGUACAGCCUCCUCCGCUCCGACACCUCCACGCGCCAUCGUACCGCCAGGCGUCGAACUGAAUCUUUCCGCGCCGCGAUCUCCUCGUUGAAAAAGCCGGCAUCCCGGUCGGUCCCAGAUGGUCACGUGCCGGUUUACGUUGGUGAAGAGAUGGAGCGGUUUGUGGUGAACGCGGAGUUGCUGAACCACCCCGUUUUCGUUGGUUUGCUUAAUAGGUCGGCUCAGGAGUAUGGCUAUGAGCAAAAAGGGGUGCUUCAUAUUCCGUGCCACGUGCUGGUUUUUGAACGGGUUAUGGAAGCUUUGAGACUAGGGGUUGGGUCACGUGACGUCCAGGAUCUGCUUCGUUCUUUCUCCGAUGACUGUUUUUUCGAUUUCUAGGAAGAGAAACAGGAACAAACGAGGUUUUUUGUUCUUUUUGUUUUUUUUUUGGGUGUAAAUAUAGAAUAUUAAAGGAAAAGUGAAGAAAUUUAGGGUUUUUUGUGUGUAGUCCUCAAGUGUAAAGAGGACUUAACAGAAAUGGAAGAAAUGUUUAUUUUUUGCCCUAUAUAUUUUAUAAUUUUUUUUUCUGUUUGGUAGCUUAGAAAAUCAUGUUGAAAGAAAAGUGAGACAAAGGAAAGUUUGAGGUUUCGGCAGCAAUCAUUUAUGUGCAAAGCUGUUGUAAAAUGCUGUAAUUUUUCUGUUUGUUCUGAAAGGGAAAAAUUGAAAAUAAAGUCUUUUGUUUUAUUUUCUUUGGAUAUCAAGAAAAUCCAAUGACUCUAAAAGCUGAACGAGGUUCUUAGUUCAUGUGUCAAAAGUAGAUGAAUUUUUGGAAUUUUGAAACUCGAAUUUCUGUUUCUGAUUCUCAGCGGAAGAGUGACUGUGUUGGGGUAGAUUUGUAAUUUGGUGGAACAUUCGGUGGUUGUUUUUUUACUUCGAUGUAAUAGGUGGCGGUGGCAGGAGUAUUUCUGGGAGGAUAUAAAUUUGUGAUACAGACGUCACUA